UGAUUUGUGGGCAAUGUUGGGGAUGUAGAAAAAAAAAAAAAAAAAAGGAAACCGGAGCGAGGAGACUCGAGCGCAGGGGAGAGAUAGGGAGACAACACUAACUGGGUAGCUAUGGAGAUAGUAGGUUUUCCUGGUAGCUUUCUUUGACAGGUGUCGAGUGGGAUAAAAUAAAGUAUCAGAACAGCUUCCAAGAUGUACGGCAAGGGUAAAGGAGCUGUGGUCCCCUCCGAUAGCCAAGCAAGAGAAAAGUUAGCGUUGUAUGUGUACGAGUACCUGCUACAUGUGGGAGCACAGAAGUCAGCACAGACCUUCCUGUCUGAGAUUCGAUGGGAGAAGAAUAUUACAUUAGGAGAGCCGCCUGGAUUUCUCCAUUCGUGGUGGUGUGUAUUCUGGGAUUUGUAUUGUGCAGCUCCAGACCGAAGGGAGACAUGUGAACACUCCAGCGAGGCUAAGGCCUUCCAUGAUUAUAGCGCAGCGGCAGCGCCCAGCCCAGUGAUGGGCAACAUGCCCCCCAAUGACGCCAUGCCAGGGGGUCCCAUGCCCCCGGGCUUCUUUCAGGCACCACCCGGCUCUCAGCAGUCCCCCCACGCACAGCCCCCCCCACACAACCCCAGCAACCCCAUGAUGGGACCCCAUGGCCAGCCCUUCAUGUCACCGCGGUAUCCAGGUGGACCGCGCCCCUCACUCCGAAUGCCAAAUCAGCCUCCUGGAGGAAUCCCAGGAUCUCAGCCUCUCCUGCCAAACAGUUUGGACCCAACAAGACCGCAAGGACAUCCUAACAUGGGCGGACCGAUGAGAAUGAACCCCCCUCGAGGAAUGGCCAUGGGCCCACAGAAUUAUGGCGGGAUGAGACCUCCUCCCAACUCCAUGGGCGGUCCGAUGCCAGGAAUGAACAUGGGUCCCGGAGGAAGAGGGCCGUGGCCAGGACCUAACGCUAACUCUAUAGCCUACUCCUCCUCAUCUCCAGGAAACUACGUGGGUCCUCCGGGCGGAGGAGGUCCACCGGGAACUCCCAUCAUGCCCAGCCCAGGUGACUCGACUAACUCCAGUGAAAACAUAUAUACGAUGAUGAACCCGAUCGGACCGGGCGGCAACAGACCCAACUUCCCGAUGGGGCCGGGGCCGGACGGGCCCAUGGGGGCGAUGGGCGCCAUGGAGCCGCACCACAUGAAUGGAUCACUAGGGUCCGGGGACAUGGACGGGUUGCCAAAGAGCUCUCCUAAUAACAUGGGGGGCAUGAACAACCCCCCGGGGACGCCGAGAGACGACGGCGAAAUGGGCGGAAACUUCUUGAACCCAUUCCAAAGCGAAAGUUCUUCUGGGACAGCCCUGGAGCAUGCUGGGACUCUACUAAAGACGGGCCCCCCCGGAGCGUGCAAAUUAGCGUCUGGCGCAAACCGGAAGCAGUCGCAGAGCGGCAGGAAGGGCCUCCUCUCAGACUCCGGCCCCGGCCUCCCUGGCUUCCUGUCAGGGUCUAGACAAUGAGCGAGGGACGGAGCGCCGCACGGCGACGAAGAGGGGGAGAGAGUGGACUGAAUCACACAGCCUCCCCCCCCCCUCCCUUUCUCCAGGACGCAGUGUCUGGGCUCCAAGCAGCUGCCUGGAAGCUCCUCAAUCACCACAACUUUGGACUUUUUAUUUUUUAUUUUUUAAAAAAACAUCGAUUUUUUUUUUGUUGCUGCUGUUCCUGAAAGAUUCACUGGAGGGUCAAAAAAAAAGAAGAAAAAAAAAAGGACCCCUCCCUUUUUGCCCUCCCACAUUGUUCUCUGUGUGUGUACAUUUGUAACAGAGGUGUCGUGAUGAUCAGUGAACAUAUUUUAUUUCCUCCUUUUUUUUGUGUAUGUAUUGUAUCAUUGCUAUUUUUAUUAUUGUAUUAUUGUUAUUAAUGAUAUUUGGUAUGAUCAUUUUAAGAUUAGGUUCUAAUUUCUGUUGUUUUUAAAGGGCACAUUAUUAUGAUGAAGACAGCAUUGCGUGCACACAGAAUCAGAAAUCAUCGGCUGUGUGACACGUGGCCCUGAGUGAGCACACUGCCCCCUGCAGGCGAGACGUUAUCAUCACGGUACUGAUUGGUCCUGUUUUUCAUUGACACUCAUUCAGGAGCUCGAAAUCAAAAAUUCUAAAACUCUCUGAGCUACUCUUGGUGAAAAAGUGAUGACUCCUGCUUCAGCGGGUUCCCUGCAGUGAAAUGCACAGCUCUAUUUAUUUAUGUACUUUUAAUUUGUCUCAUUGUUUUGUUUUUUUUCUCGUUUUUUUUUUUUUUUUUGUAAGUGUUAUCCCUGGUUAUUGUCAACUGCAGAACUCGUAGCAACUGUGUAAAUAUGCAGACCCGCUCAGCAGCGUCUCCUCACCUCUGUCACACACACACACACACACACACAUAUAUACACACACACACACACAUCUCCAUCGGAGCCCCUGAAGGUGCUGAAGUUACCAGGCGUUCAGACCCCGCCCAUGCUGUUCCCCCCUCCCGUCACUCCAUCGUCUGCUGGCCUGUAGUGAACUCCCGGAUCGUUCUGCUGGCCGACAGGUUUCCAACACACUGUGACGUUCGCCUGUGUUUAAUUCAGUUUUGCUUUCAUGCACCAGUCGUUGUAGCAGGCAGGCAUACCCUCCUCCUCCCCCUCCUCCUCCUCCUCCUCCUCCCCCUCUGAGCUUGUGGUGAAAGGACUUCCGGCUCUGCUGACUGGACUUCCGGUGCGUUUACGUGGAGAGUCGCAGGUCAGGAAGCAGCACGUCGUCGCUCUGCUGGCUGGGACGAGUGGGCCUCCCCUCCCGAUCGCUCGCCUUGAAUAUGACACCUCUCUCCCGUCUCCUUACCUCUCCAACAGGCCCACAUCAGCUCACACUCAGUCACACACCACAGCCCUCUCUCUGAUUUUUUUUUUUUUUUUUGUACAAGUUUCCAUCUUUUGGGUUUAAAUUUUUUUUUUUUGUAAAUACUGUAAAAUGCAUUUUGAUAUCAUUGACAUGUUUUGAUAUUUCAAAUCACAACCAAACAGUGGAUCAGAAACGUGCUGAUUCGGGCAACUGUGUUUAUGUGUUCAGAGACGGCGCGUCUUCUACUCAGAAAUAAUAUGAAUGGCGAGAAACAGGAAACCGGAGCUGCUAGAGACUAUUGUUGCGAUUUCACCUCAUCACAGACGAGACGCGGCGCUUUUAAUGUGCAUCGGAGCUCGUUGCGUCAGGACGAGAGAGGAAACCGUAGUCGAGUGUGGGUGAACACCCCGAGCGAACUCACCGUCACACACAUUUCCCUGAAAACUCAGAUUACAAUCAAACGCCACAGGUUCCCCCAUCGGUUGUCUCUGUUCUCGGAAACUCGGCUCGAGGAGGCUAAAUCUUCCCCAGGAAGGGGGUUUUAUUAUUUCUUGCCUUUCUUAACAGGGACUUUGCACGAACAGAGUGAAAGAAGAAAGGGAUUUUAAAAAGAAUAAAACUUGCCCCCCCCCCCCCUCCCUCCCCCCCCCCCUCGUGUCGGCGUGACACAUUGCAUUUCAGCUUCUCCCCUCUUGACCCAACUUGAAAUAGAAAGCGGGACACGGGCUCUCAAUCCAGCGCACCAGGGACCAGAGUACAUACUUUACUAUGAAGGAUUUUUUUAAUGUAUUUAAAAAGGUGCAGGAGAAAUGUUUGGGAAAGUGAGAAAAAAAACAUUAAAAUAAUAAAAAAAAAAAAAAAACACGGACAGAUUUGUUGCUGAGAAGACGUAGAGAGAGAGAGAGAGAGAGAAAGUGCAGGAACAGGCAUUUCCUCCCCUGUACUUUGAAAUACUGUUGUAAAAAAUGCAGUCCGACUUCUCUCUAUCUUUCUGUCCUUGUAAGUAAAAGCCGUCACAACGUUGAUCAUUUCUGUAUUUCUAUUGUGCUGAUGUAUAAUACUGUAACAUUCAGGGGUAGGGAGGGUUAUGAGAGGACUUUCGGGGGGGGUGGGAGUAAAGAUUUUUCCUGUUCAGUUCCUCAUUUUUCCUCUUGAUGACAAAGCAGUAUUGAAUAUGAGGCAGUCUGUCCUUGGGGAGUUGCUUUGUAUCUCAUGUUAGGGUAGAUUCAGAUCCUAAAUGUCUCGUGUAGUAAAAUAAGAGGUUCCUUCGUAUGUUUCUUUAUAUUGUAAAGUUUCUUUAGACGAAAAAAAUGUUGCUUAUUGGAA